AUGUUCGUCCCAACCCCAGACCAGCUACAGCGUAGCGAGCGCUUCCGCCAGGCCGGGAUGAUCUGGCACGUAAGCGAGUCGGGCGAGGAGCAGGUCACCGUGCCCGUCUCAUUCAUCAACUUCAACAUCACAGCUGACAAUGACGCCCACAUCGUGCAGCGCCGGUACUUCGUCGCCGCGCGCGAGCAGCUCCAGCGCCGCUUGCUCGCGUAUAUCACCUCGGGACACGAGCCCCCGGUGCCGGUGCUCAGGAUCUACCAGCCCCCGCCUUGUGAUUCUUGUUCCGAAUCGUCUUCAGACUCUGAGGAGAGUGAUGAUGAUGAGGAGGGAGAGGGGGGCUAUGAGGCUGGUGAUGAGAAGAGCGUAGAGGGUUCUAGCAUUCGCGGCGUCGAUCACGAUGUUGACGACGGUGAGGAUGAUGGCUUCGAUGAGCUAAGCGAUUUCACUGUCCGGAUGGAGUUCGUAGUGGAGGAGACCGUCUAUGAGCCUGUCGAGGUGCUGCGGGAAUUGGUCGCUCAUGUUGAUCGGAUUGUUAGAGAGAUUGACAGCACGAGACAACGUGUUUGGCCCCCCCACGCGGCCGGUCUAGGACUGGUGUCGGCUCGGAUUGUGAAGGAUGGGCUGCCGAUGCAAGAGGAGCAGGAGGUUGAUUCCGAGUGGCCGGAUGACGAGAAGGAAGACUACUGUUCUUCCAGUUGCGAAUCCUCCUCCGGUUACGAAGGAGAAGAAGAAGAUUCUGAGUGGACGGAGGACGAUGCGUCCUUUGACGAAGCGGAGGAGUGCUGUCCUAGCGCCUCGGAUCGCUUUGGUGAUAAUAAUGACCCGGAGAGUGCGGACGACAGCGAGGACGAAGAGAAUCCCAUCAUCUACAGUGAUGACGAUGUUGUGCCGCUCGAUGUUAACGAGGACGCGGUGCAAGCACGCGUCGCUUGGCUCCUACAGGAUGCGAUGAAGUCGAAUCCUAGGCUGCCAAUGUAA